CGCCCCACUCUGCAGAAUUUCCUUCCUCUCGCCCUCCUCCAUCCGUCGUUUCUAUGUUUCCCACUCUUUGAGGAAGGAUGGUUGAUUUGGAGAGCGAAGUGCCCCCUCUGCCUCCCAGGUACCGAUUUCGGGACCUGCUGCUGGGGGACCAAGGAUGGCAGAACGACGACAGGGUACAAGUUGAAUUCUAUAUGAAUGAAAACACAUUUAAAGAGAGACUAAAGUUAUUUUUUAUCAAAAACCAGAGAUCAAGUCUAAGAAUUCGUCUAUUCAAUUUUUCUCUCAAAUUAUUAAGCUGCUUAUUAUACAUAAUCCGAGUGCUACUAGAAAACCCUUCACAAGGAAAUGAAUGGUCUCAUAUCUUUUGGGUGAACAGAAGUCUACCCUUAUGGGGCUUACAGGUUUCAGUGGCAUUGAUAAGUCUAUUUGAAACAAUACUACUUGGUUAUCUCAGUUAUAAGGGAAACAUCUGGGAACAGAUUUUACGAAUACCCUUCAUCUUGGAAAUAAUUAAUGCGGUUCCCUUCAUUAUCUCAAUCUUCUGGCCUUCCUUAAGAAAUCUCUUUGUUCCUGUCUUUCUAAACUGUUGGCUUGCCAAACAUGCCUUGGAAAAUAUGAUUAAUGAUCUGCACAGAGCCAUUCAGCGCACACAGUCCGCAAUGUUUAAUCAAGUUUUGAUUUUAAUAUCUACGUUACUAUGCCUUAUCUUCACCUGCAUUUGUGGAAUCCAACAUCUGGAACGAAUAGGAAAGAAGCUGAAUCUCUUUGACUCCCUUUAUUUCUGCAUUGUGACAUUUUCUACUGUGGGCUUUGGGGAUGUCACCCCUGAAACAUGGUCCUCCAAGCUUUUUGUCGUUGCCAUGAUCUGUGUCGCUCUUGUGGUUCUACCCAUACAGUUUGAACAACUGGCCUAUCUGUGGAUGGAGAGACAAAAGUCAGGUGGAAACUAUAGUCGACAUAGAGCUCAAACUGAGAAGCAUGUUGUUCUGUGUGUCAGUUCACUGAAGAUUGAUUUACUUAUGGACUUUUUAAAUGAAUUCUAUGCUCACCCAAGACUUCAGGAUUAUUAUGUGGUGAUUUUGUGUCCUACUGAAAUGGAUGUGCAAGUUCGAAGGGUACUGCAGAUUCCAAUGUGGUCACAAAGAGUUAUCUACCUUCAAGGCUCAGCCCUUAAAGAUCAGGAUCUGUUGAGAGCAAAGAUGGAUGAUGCUGAGGCCUGUUUUAUUCUGAGCAGCCGUUGUGAAGUGGAUAGGACAUCAUCUGACCAUCAAACAAUUCUGAGAGCAUGGGCUGUAAAAGAUUUUGCUCCAAAUUGCCCUUUGUAUGUCCAGAUAUUAAAGCCUGAGAAUAAAUUCCAUAUCAAAUUUGCUGAUCAUGUUGUUUGUGAAGAAGAGUUUAAAUACGCCAUGUUAGCUUUAAACUGUAUAUGUCCAGCAACAUCUACACUUAUCACACUACUGGUUCAUACCUCUAGAGGGCAAGAAGGUCAGCAAUCGCCAGAACAGUGGCAGAAGAUGUAUGGUAGAUGCUCUGGCAAUGAAGUAUACCACAUUGUUUUGGAAGAAAGUACAUUUUUUGCUGAAUACGAAGGAAAGAGUUUUACAUAUGCCUCUUUCCAUGCGCACAAAAAGUUUGGAGUCUGCUUGAUUGGUGUUCGGAGGGAGGAUAAUAAAAACAUUUUGCUGAAUCCAGGUCCUCGAUAUAUUAUGAAUGCUACAGAUAUAUGUUUUUAUAUUAAUAUUACCAAAGAAGAGAAUUCAGCAUUUAAAAACCAAGACCAGCAGAAAAAAAGCAAUGUAUCAAGGUCAUUUUAUCAUGGACCUUCUCGAUUACCUGUACAUAGCAUAAUUGCCAGCAUGGGUACUGUGGCUAUAGACUUGCAAGACACAAGCUGUAGAUCAACAAGUGGCCCUACCCUGUCUCUUCCUACAGAGGGAAGCAAAGAAAUCAGAAGACCUAGCAUUGCUCCCGUUUUAGAGGUUGCAGAUACAUCAUCAAUUCAAACAUGUGAUCUUCUAAGUGAUCAAUCAGAAGAUGAAACUACACCAGAUGAAGAAAUUUCCUCUAACUUAGAAUAUGCUAAAGGCUACCCACCUUACUCUCCAUAUAUAGGAAGUUCACCCACUUUUUGUCAUCUCCUUCAUGAAAAAGUGCCAUUUUGCUGUUUAAGACUAGACAAGAGUUGCCAGCAUAACUACUAUGAGGACGCAAAAGCCUAUGGAUUCAAAAAUAAGCUAAUUAUAGUUGCAGCUGAAACAGCUGGAAAUGGAUUGUAUAAUUUUAUUGUUCCUCUCAGGGCAUAUUAUAGACCAAAGAAAGAACUUAAUCCCAUAGUACUGCUUUUGGACAACCCGCCAGAUAUGCAUUUUCUGGAUGCAAUCUGUUGGUUUCCAAUGGUUUACUACAUGGUGGGCUCUAUUGACAACCUAGAUGACUUACUCAGGUGUGGAGUGACUUUUGCUGCCAACAUGGUGGUUGUGGACAAAGAAAGUACCAUGAGUGCAGAGGAAGACUACAUGGCAGAUGCCAAAACGAUUGUAAAUGUGCAGACCCUUUUCAGGUUGUUUUCCAGUCUCAGUAUUAUCACAGAACUUACUCACCCAGCCAACAUGAGAUUCAUGCAAUUCAGAGCCAAAGACUGUUACUCUCUUGCUCUUUCAAAACUGGAAAAGAAAGAACGAGAGAAAGGUUCUAACUUGGCCUUUAUGUUUCGGCUGCCUUUUGCCGCUGGGAGGGUGUUUAGCAUCAGUAUGUUGGACACUCUUCUCUAUCAGUCAUUUGUAAAGGAUUAUAUGAUUUCUAUCACCAGACUUCUCUUGGGAUUGGACACUACACCAGGAUCAGGGUUUCUUUGUUCCAUGAAAAUCACCGAAGAUGACCUAUGGAUCAGAACUUAUGCCAGACUUUAUCAGAAGUUGUGCUCUUCUACUGGAGAUGUUCCCAUUGGGAUCUACAGGACUGAAUCUCAGAAACUUACUACAUCUGAGUCUCGAGAAAUAGCAUCACAAGACUGGACUUCAUCUUUAGUUUCCAGAAAGUACUCCGUUAACCACCUGAAGUCUCAGAUAUCUAUCAGUGUGGAAGAAUGGGAAGACACCAAGGACUCCAAAGAACAAAGUCAUCACCGAAGCAACCACCGCAAUUCAACAUCCAGUGACCAGUCAGACCAUCCCUUACUGCGGAGAAAGAGCAUGCAGUGGGCCCGAAGACUGAGCAGAAAAGGUCCAAAACACUCUGGUAAAACAGCUGAGAAAAUAACCCAGCAGCGACUGAACCUCUACAGGAGGUCAGAAAGACAAGAGCUUGCUGAACUUGUGAAAAAUAGAAUGAAACACUUGGGUCUUUCUACAGUGGGAUAUGAUGAAAUGAAUGAUCAUCAAAGUACCCUCUCCUACAUCCUGAUUAACCCAUCUCCAGACACCAGACUAGAGCUGAACGAUGUUGUAUACUUAAUCCGACCAGAUCCGUUGGCAUACCUUCCAAACAGUGAACCCAGUCGAAAAAACAGCAUCUGCAAUGCCAUGGGUCAAGACUCUCGGGAGGAAACUCAGCUUUGAUAAAAGGAAAAUAAGAGACCUUUUUUCUCCUACAAGAAUCUUGCUUGAAACAACUCUAAAUCUUAGGAGAAGAAUAAGUGCUGCUGGCAUGAAAGAAACUUGAUCAGAAUAUAUUCAAUUAUCUCACAUUAAAAUCAAUCUAUUCUCUAAGAAAUAUAGAUUAUUUUGAAAUUUAAAGUAUUGCUUAUUGGUACUCCUCCUAUUAAUAUUUGAAAGACAUCAAUGGGAUGAUUUUGAAAACCUCAAUUAAAACACACAAAUUUAAAUGGGAUAUUUGACAAUAUUCCAAAGUGUAUGAAGCCAAUUUUUAAAAGUAUUAAGGUUUUAUGAAAGUAAACAAAACAUCCAACUACAUUUGGUGCAUUACACUGGACGUAGAAGACUGGUUCCUCUUAAAAACUAAAAAGUCAUAUUAUAUUCUUUAAACUUGCUGUUUUAUAAAAUUGAGCUCAUCAUAAAUGUCUGGCAUCUACACAGAGAUUAACCAACAAAAUUGUGUGGCUGACUUUUGUGAGAGACUCACAGUUUGCUUUAGAGUACAAAUCAUUUUAUCGUUUUUUUGCCUUUUCAUAUCAUAUCAUAUUCAUUUUAGAACUUGA